AUGGGAAUGUUGGGUGUUGUGGGGAACUCAUUUGGAUGCUCAGCUUCUGGAGAGCGCCUUGUUUCAGCUGCAAGAGAUGGUGAUUUUCAUGAAGCUAAAGCCUUAUUGGAAUAUAAUCCAAGACUUGCUAAAUAUGCCACUUUUGGUGGUCGAAAUUCGCCCCUUCAUCAUGCUGCAGCUCAUGGACAUAAUGAGAUUGUUUUUCUUUUGAUCGAGUCAGGAGUUGAUAUCAAUCUCAGGAAUGAUCGUGGACAGACGGCUUUGAUGCAAGCAAGUCAAUAUGGUCGUUGGGAGGUUGUCUUGACCCUCGUUCUCUUCAAAGCCAAUAUCCAUAAAAUGGAUGAUUUAAACGGAGGUACUGCAUUGCACUUGGCUGCUCUCAAUGGACAUUCGCGUUGCAUUCGGAUCCUACUUGCUGAUUAUAUCCCUAGUGUUUCUAAACUUUGUAAAAUUGUAAAGAAAAGAUCAAGAACCGAAGAAUUUCUCUUUGAAACCAAUGAAGGCAACUUACUCUACGAAAUAAUCAAUAAACCAGCUGAUGGAGGCGUGACCGCUCUUCAUAUGGCUGCACUAAACGGGCAUGUUGAUAGUUUGCAUUUACUCCUUGAUUUAGGCGCGUCUAUAAAUAAAGUCACGGUGGAAGAUGGCACCACAAUUGACUUAAUAGGCGCUGGAAGCACACCCCUCCAUUAUGCGGCAUAUGGUGGUAAUCCACAUUGUUGUCAAAUUCUGAUUGCUAAGGGUGCCAGUCUAACUGCUAAAAAUGCAAAAGGAUGGAGUCCCUUGGAGGUUGCUCGCUCAUGGAACAGAGAUUGGCUUGAGGAAAUUCUUAGUGCAGAACCACAUGACCGAACAACUACUCUCCCUUCUCCAUACUUGUGCCUCCCACUUACGAGUGUAGUCAAAAUUGCACGAGAAUGUGGAUGGUCUGGUUAUCCACCUUUGAAUCAUACAGAAUCAUGUGCUAUUUGUUUGGAAAACAAGUGCACAGUAGCAGCAUCAGGCUGUUUACACGAAUUAUGCACUCGAUGUGCUUUAUAUCAUUGUUCCACUAGUAGUGCCUCAAGUUCAACCAACGGGCCACUGGGUUCAAUCCCCUGCCCGUUCUGCCGCCAUGGGAUUGUCUCAUUCAAAAAGCUAGCGACAACAAAACAGCGUCUUCAACCAUUGAAACCGAGCUCAUCUCUCUCUUGCUGCUCGUGUUGUCCAAUGCUCAAAGAUAACAAUAUAGCCAAAACAGAAACAACUCCAUUAUGCAACCCCAAACCCGCUUCACGGUCUUUAAACUCCCAAAAUUUUCGGUCAAUGACACUGAAGGCUAAUAUAUGUACUAGAAGUACGGACACAAUCUCAUCAUUGGUUCGACGAUCUCAGCUAGCAAGAUACUCAGGUUCAAGUUUUCGGAGUUCUGAUUCACGUUCAGAAGGCAGAAGAUCAUGGUUGUGUUCUUUUAAUGAACCCAGUAUAAAUCCCCAGUGAUUACUGAAAGGAAAACUGUGAAGAACAUGAAUAUCACAUGACACAACAUUUGGAUGGAAAAGAUAAUAGAUCCUAAUUAAUUGUUUAAAGGUUUUUAUAUGGUUUUGUUUAGAUAUUUGAUUAAAGAGCUACUGAUGCUUUUGUAAAUACACCAUAUGUGCCAGUACCACAAAUCAUUUGGCAUUUUAGUGGUUUGUAAAUAAUAAAGAAUGAAAAGAAUAUUUUUUUGGAU